AUGACUGAUACUAUCAGUCCUUCCUGCUGGGCCUUGCUAGCCUUCUGCUCGUGCCGCAACUGCAGGUUGCUACAGGAUGCUGCCGAAAUUGCUUUUGCAAUAAGGCAUGGUUUCCUUCCUUGUCACAUUGUGCACUUUUCCCAAGUAUCAAUUUUAUUCAGUCUAAUUUUUUUUAAACAAUCGACAGCGGUGCAGACUCACGAGUGCCUGCGAACAUGCGAGUGGCCACCAAGGCCCAAGAUCUGCCGCUAUGACUUCACCAUUGAGUGGUUUCAUACCAUGUCAACCGACUGCAUGGACUGUCCUCACAACCAGACCCACUGCUCCCGUCCACAGUGUAUUCCCGCGGACGGAUUUCCACGGGCGAUAACGGUAGUCAACAAGAUGUUUCCCGGCCCCAGUAUUCAGGUUUGUGAACACGACACCAUUGAAGUGAAAGUCCAGAACAACCUAAUCAACGGCGAGAGUGUGGCUAUCCACUGGCACGGCAUCCACCAACGAGGAACGCCCCACAUGGACGGGGUCCCGUUGGUCACCCAGUGUCCCAUCCCCUACCGGUCCAGCUUCACCUACAAAUUCAAGGCAGAGUUGGCGGGGACUUUCUACUGGCACGCGCACGGGGUCCAGCGAGUUGACGGCGCCAGCGGCUUUCUGAUUGUCCGUCAGGCAGCCCCGAACGAGGUGCACAGCGGCAUGUACGACCAAGACCGACCGGACCAUCUUCUCAUCCUCCAGGAUUGGCUCGACGAGCUUUUCAUCGACCGUUACGCCAGGGUCUACCUCCGCGCUGACUACGCAAAACUGAGCUCGGAGUCUCUUCUGAUCAACGGAAGGGGAAGCUCCUUGGGAUUCCCGGUCGAAGCUUCCAACGACACCGUCUAUGUACCUCGGCACGUCUUUCACGUCCAGCAGGGACAGAGGUACCGUUUCCGCACUGUCAGCAAUAUCGUGAUGGAAUGCUUGCUGGAAGUCUCUGUCGACGGCCACAAUCUCACAAUCAUCGCCAGCGACGGCGCACCUGUGGAACCGCUGGAGGUGGGCUCCGUGGGCCUGACAAGCGGCGAACGGUACGACUUUGUCCUGGACGCCAAACGGGAGGUCGGCAAGUACUGGCUGAGAGUCAAGGGACGGAGUGCCUGUAAGCACCUAGAGGAAUUGGCACUCGUGGUCUACGAUGGGGCGGAGGGUCAUCCCGAUCCGCCGGAAGAAAGACCCCAACCAUCGGGGGUUCAGCUCAAUCCCUUUAACACAAAGAGCUCCAAUUCUGUCGUGAACGUCCAUGAGCUGAGUUCAGCCGAAACGACAAUUUCCUGGUCAUUUUCAGGAGGCGAGGACGCGAUUGGCAAUGCCGAUGUGGUCCACUACAUAGGACUGGAUUUCAAGGAGGUGAACAACCCCAACUACAACAAUCCCAUCUACAACCCGGCCUACGGCGCUCCGGGGGACCCAUCCGUCUUCACUGGUAUACCGACCCCGCAGAUCAACCGCGUCACUUUCAGGCCCCCCGUGGUUCCGCUCCUCACCCAGUCUCGCGAGAUCUCCGAAUUCGAAAUCUGCACCUUCGAGAGUACUCGGGCUAUGCAGGAUCACUGCAAGGAGCAAUUCUGCGAAUGUACGCAUGUCCUUGAGGUGGACCUAGGACAGGUGGUCGAGCUUGUCUUGGUAGACGAGGGGUUGUUUGAGAACAACCAUCCCAUGCACAUCCACGGCUACAACUUCCAUGUCCUGGCCCGCGGCAAGAUUGGCGAGAGCACGACAGUGGAAGAGGUGAUCCGUCUCGAUCAAGCAGGGAACAUCACUCGGCGAACGCAGCGAGCGCCGGUGAAGGAUACCGUACCGGUACCAGACGGGGGUUACGUCGUGAUUCGCUUCUUGGCAGACAACCCGGGCUGGUGGCUCUUCCACUGCCAUGUGGAAAUCCACUUUUUGGUAACAAGAAACUUAACAGUGCAGUGUGCCACCAAGAGUUUGCCAGGAGAGUUGAUUUUUCCCAGUGCCUUGUGGGAGAUGGUCGACAAAUUCUCAGCGCGGGAAUCUGGCAUGUCCCUUGUCAUCCACGUGGGAUCAGACGAUGAUCUCCCUCCCCUGCCAAACGAUCUACCUCGCUGUGGUGGAGACUGGUACCCAAAAGAGGAGCAGCCCGAAGUGCGACCUCCAGCGAUAACACCCGAAAAUGGAGCUGGUACCCCUCAAGGCGGGUUGCUGACAUCACUUGCUGGUAUCGUUGCACUGGUACUCGGUCAGUUGUGCCUUUACCGUUGAAGGCCAUGCCAGGGCCCCAAGUUGAUUGCUCACAUAUGGGCUAAUAAAAAAAAACAGGAGAAAAACCAGAGAGAAAGCAUAACAAGCAAUGUAAAUUGUAUGACAUUUUGGCAAGUGACCAUAUACGUUCUUUUUACUAAGAAUAAUACUCUGUACUUGUCCUGUACAAAGAAACUUGCCUCGAUUCAUGCAAGCCAGGGGCGGAUAUAGCUUUCAGGAAACGGGGGUAAUAUGCUUCUGGGAAAAGUUUGAAAUCUGUAAUGCUUUGUUCUCCAUUGUAAGGCUAUUUGAGAAUAAAAUUAAGAACUCAAGCAUUUCAUUUAUUAACGUUGGCCCCAUUUACUAGUACAAAAUAUAUCAUAACAUUAGUCAACCUUCUGAACGGUUGGCGCACCCCCAAAUCCGCCACUGCACUAGUAAAAUUGUAAACAAUGAUAUCUUAAAUAUAGUUUCCAUGGGGCCUACAAUGCAUUUUUGUUAAUUAAAAUUGUCCACCUCAUAGCGACACCAUGUUUAUAUUCCGAGAUUUUUACAAUUUUGCAGUACUUAAAAUGGUUAGCCUUUCUGUAGUCAUUUAGAUUAGCUUUCAGUAUAUAAUCAAGUCAAUUUGAAACAUACAUUACAUAAUUGUCACAAUUUUGUUCAAUUUAAUGUCUGUUAAAUUUGGGGAAUAAAAAUACUUCAAAACCUGCGGUUAGAUUACAUAAUUUACGAAGUAAGGUGGUUGUCAGGGAUCCAAUGGUCUACACAACUUGGAAUGAAAAAAAAAAAAAGCUGUGCAAUUAAUCCCAACGUUCAAUUCAUUAUGUAUUGAACCAAGAAAACCGUCAACUCGGAGGAAGUUUUUGAUGAAAAGAAGAUGGGAGUUCAGGGAAAAGAACCUGUUUUUUAUUAUCAAGUGAUUUAUUGUUCAGAACCAAGGUGAAAGUUUACCCACGACGCCUUUCAGCCUUCAUUCCCAUGGGUUAUAUUCAGAAUCUUUUCCCCCUAUUUUAGUUUCUUCUUUGCCCGGGGAAAAUGAUUUCUUUAUCUUAAUUCGCAUAUUGGUAAUGAGUAGUUUACAUUCUAAUUAUUUGUCUGGUCGUAGGGAAUUAAAGAGUUGGCGGGUGUUUAUUUUGAGAAAAAAAAUAAUAAAUCGAAAUACUAUACUCUUUAAGGUAUAAUAAAACAUUUGCGAACAUAUCAAGAAACAAAACUACCAAAUUAUUAUGAAAUACCUUACUAUACUGCAAGUGAAAAAUCACGGCACCUGAUGUGCUGUCAUUUUCAAGGUUCCCUGACCCGGCAAUUCCACGAUAUGUCUAUACAUUUCUGAAGUAGGAUCAGGGAACCAGACUACAAGAACAGCACUUUUUACGUGGUUUUUCAAGCAUUUAUGAACACAACAGGUCAGUGUAGCAACAAUAGGUAUAAACUAUACCAACCCCCAAAUCCGUCCAGUUCUGAAAAUUACAGCAAAAGCAAAUGUUAUUACAUUUAAGCUACUAUAAGAACACAUGGAGACAUACCCUCUUGGCUCGGCUCAAUAUAUCAAGAUCCAUUUCAUGUCCGCCUUGCACUGACAACAAGCGAUCCCAAUCAGAAUGCUAGUAGACAACUACACGUACCACGUGCGCUGCCAAGGACUCGUUGAACCGCAUGCCAAAAUGUGUGGCAACUUUAUACAACAAUGAAAACCUGGCACGCCCGCCACGAGCCCAAAUGUAUAACAAUGUAUACAAUGUAUACAUGUAAUAAAUAUUUGAUGUAAAGUCACACAGAUGCGGCGCGCUUUCCGACACAACUAGCAAGGAAUGACCACAAAUAACUUACUACUCUAGGGGAGGUGACAUUUCAGAGAUCCGAUGAGGUCCGGACAUUCAACAGUAUCGGUGCCAGUGAAUACAUUUUAGUUGUUGGGAUGUUGGAAAUAUACCUCAAA